GAGCAGCUGGGCGCAGGGUCCCAUGCACAUAUGGGGAUGCUGGGUUUCGAGAAGGUGAAUGCCGUGCUGGAAGAGCACUCAAACCUCCUACACCUUGUCCCUCUCAGCUUCCGAGAAGACUAUAGGUGGGAAAGGAACGCUGGAAGUCACCCAAUCCAAACCCCUGCUCAAAGCAGGGCUCACAUGGGGCUGCCUCAGGUCUGCAUGUCUCAGUGCUGGACACCUGAAGCACAGUUUAUUCGCCCUCGCUGUGAAUUAGAUUUUCCUCUUCCGUCUAGUCGGAGUUUUCCCGGCUGCAGCCUGGGACUGCUGCGUCCCAUCCCCGCGCUGGACACAGCCGUGUCGGAAGGCCUUCACGUACCUGUCGUGCGGUGUCCUGGCUGCCCCCUGCUCCCGUCCCGCUGUGCAGAGGAGCAGGAUGCCCCCGCUGGCCACCCACGGCCCUCCACAGCCGGGCGAGCAGCGGCGGCUCCCUCAGGAGGCCGCCUCUGCCGCAGGCACAACGACUGCCGGGCUCUCCCCGAAGGGGAGGGACCAAACUUUGCCUUUGUUUUCAGCUGAGACAAUCUUUCUGGGAGAAAUCUUCCCUGGGCCUGGAAAACAAGUUUCUGGCAUGGAGCCAUGCCCGACACAGCCUGCGCCACCCAGCGGAGCCCGCGGCCGCCGAGGUGCUGGGCCGUGCCGCGGUACGGCAGGGACAGGGUCGUGUGUGGGCUCCUUGUCUGUCAGGUCUGAUCUCCCGGCUGGGGCUGGGUCAAGCAGCAGGAGCCCCACGAGGAAAUUCCCCCGGAUGAUUGCAACACCCCGCGGAGGAGGUGCAAUGCCUGUGGCCGGGUGCCUUCCUGCAGAGUGCAGCAUGACAGAGCUGCACGAAGCCGUGGCUGUGGGUGACUAUGACCUGGUGAAAAAGAUUUUGAAGGCAGGGCGCUGCGACCCAAACCAGAAGGAUGUUGACUGGCAUGACAGGACCCCCCUGCACUGGGCUGCUGCCAAAGGGCGGUCGGACCUGGUCAGGCUCCUGGUGGAUCACGGUGCCCGGCACUGCCUGCGGAGCGAUGUGGGCUGGACCGCGGCUCACUUCGCUGCCGAGGCGGGGAAGCUGCGGGUGCUCCGCGCCCUCCACUCCCUGCACGCUGCUAUGGAUGCCGCCGACCUCUUCGGAGACACUCCGCGGAGGCUCGCGGAGAUCUACGGACACCGAGAGUGCUCCAAAUUCUUGGAAAAAGCAGAGAUGGAGAGCAGGAACUACCGCAGGAAAGCUGCACUGAGAAAAAUCCCCUUAGACCAGAGAGAUGAUGACUGGGAACUCAAGAAAGAAGAGCUUAAGAAAAAUCCACCAUGUUUUUGGGAGAAGUGUACGGCCUCUAUUCUAAAGAAAAACGUGAAAAAAAAGGGGAAGCAGUAGUGUGCCCUGCCUGUUUGGUGCCUCUGAGUGCUUGUAAUGCAGAGCAAAGGCACUGGCAGACCUCAGGUGGAUCUGCAAUGUGAUAUUUGGGUGAAUGGAAGAAGCUGAAGGCUACAAGAGUGCAUCCUUAGAGACAAAUUGUAAACAAUCUCCUUAAGAGCUAGAAGUGCUUCCGCCCCUAUGUGUGUUUCUAUGUAUCUGAUCUCAAAAAUAAAAACAAUUGAAGAAUAAGUUUAAGUAUACUAAUACUCUAAAUCACUGCAAUGGCAGCAGUUACCCAUAUUGUUAGAGAAAAAUUAGUCCUCAUGCUACCUGAUUCACAAAAGCAUUUUGGACUGUGGUUCUGCUUGCUCGGCUGAUGUCUGUGUGGCCUUUGCUUCUUUGCUUCUGUCACUGAGUCAACCAGGAGACUCCAGAUGGACUUGCAGCCUCUGGUGAUUCCUGUCUCUUUUCUUGGAAGUGGGAUGUAGUUGCUUAUUCUGGAUGAAGCUGAGAUAUUAAUGUUGAGCUUUCACUGGAUACAUGGGUCCAACAGCCUGAAUCUUCU